CACCCCUUUUUUACGUCUGAUGUGGCAUUUUUUAUGCUGAGAUGGACAAGCCACCUGGACAAAUCAUCCUCAGGCAAUGCCCGGUACUGCCGCCGACAUCAACCAGGCGCUGGAUCCCAUCAAACCCACUCUGAGGUAUUUGUUUAUCUCCACGAGACCCCCUGAUCUCUGCCGUACACCACUUCCUGAGUCGCCGGGUCCUUAUAAAGACAUGGCCAUUAGUUCACGAGGCGGUGGUGGAUCCGACAUCGGAACCAUUCGUGAAGGUGAACGCUUCACAGCGGCGGCAGCGGGUUUAGGGUUUCUUCUUCAUCUCCGCAUUCAACAGUCAGCCAUGGGUCACUCCAACGUCUGGAACUCCCAUCCUAAGAACUAUGGUCCUGGUUCCCGUGCUUGUCGUGUCUGUGGCAACCCACACGGGUUGAUACGGAAGUAUGGCCUGAUGUGCUGCAGGCAAUGCUUCCGCAGCAAUGCCAAGGAAAUUGGAUUUAUCAAGUACCGCUAAAGCACUGGACGCAAUCAAUCCAACACUUGUGGAGGGUUUUGUGAAGUGUAGCUGUUCUAUUUAUAAUUGACAUGAUGUAGUUACCAGACUUGAUGUUUUUGUCCAUCUUGUUAGUCAAUUUAGAACUCCACUAAUAUUGCAGAUACUAUUGAGACUUAAAAGUUUCUAUCAAGUAUUUAGCUUAUAUUUGUCAACUGUUUGACAUUGUUGGUGUUGGAGCAUCGUGAUUAAUUCAAGGUUUGUUAUGUGGAUGUUAUGUUAGCU